AUGAGUCUGUCCUCUGUGAAGCGAGCGACUGUCCGGGUUCGCCCCUUGGCGGACAGUUCUUGUUUCAUAUCUAUCUCCAAGCGCAAAUACAGUACGCCCCAGAGUAAAAGACGGCCAGAGUUCCACGACUACUUCGUCACACAUCUACCCUCGUCAUCGCUCCAUCCCGAUCCUCGAGGCCCGCUCGCACCCUUUCACAAACUCCCCCGUUCGGAGUCAGUACCUCAUACCGGAGAGAUCUCGCAUUCGCCCGCCGCUUUCCAGACUCUCACAAACCGCGAUGCCACCGUUGUCCGGAUUCCACUUCGCAGCGCGAAACACCAUUUUGGCGCCUCGACCUCUCGGGGCACUCGUCGGUCAAAUGAGGAUACACACCAGGCAGGUGUGAUUGAUUUGCCCGCGUUUGCGAAUCGACCACCAACAUCACUUACGAUCAGACGAGGGGUGGGUCCUGGGCCUCGUGAGAAUCGCGCGGCGGACAGUGCCAGCGGUGAUCCGCAGGUUUUCUACUUCGGAGUCUUCGACGGGCAUGGUGGUACGGAAUGCAGUACGUUCCUCAAGGAGAAACUACACGAAUAUAUCCAGAAUACGGCAGCGGAAUUUGAAUUGCGGUCGAGUCUGAGGAACAAAGGGGAGGAGGAAUCGAAGGAGGAGCCCGAUACUCUGCCAAUUGUCCAGGGAGCGAAUCGGCAACAAAUUGGCGAGCUGGAAAAGGAGCUCGUGAAGAAUUGGCGGAGUCUUGUUGGGGGUUACUUCAAAAGAUUCAUCCCACCUCACUUCUCCUAUUUCGGGCAAGACGAUGUUGCAGAGCAGACCGACAGAAAGUCCCGCAAAGAGGGCGUCACCAUCGAAGAGGUGAUGGAAUAUGCCUUUCUACAUGCGGAUUACGACUUUGUGUCAGCACAAGCAGCCAGACGGGAUGACGAAUUGGUAAAGGCUGGCCAACCUCUACAACAGGAUGAGAUCCUCUACGGUGCAGACCACCCGGCGACGAGCAAGAAAAUCUCAGGCAACACCCGCUUCAAGGGCGGGAGCACCGCCAGUGUCGUGCUCAUUUCCACACCGACCCCCGCACCGUUCUGGUACCCGACCACGUCCUCUAGCUUGUUGGUAUCGCAUGUAGGCGACACAAGGAUCCUGCUAUGCUCCACGAUCACCGGCGAAGCCAUCCCUCUGACCUCGAACCACCACCCAUCCUCACCGCCCGAGGCGGCCAGACUCCGUCGCUAUGCCACGACAUUCGUGACCGACUCGUUUGGCGAAGAGCGCAUGAGCGGUCUAGCUAACACGCGCUCCUUCGGAGACGUCCAAUCCAAACGCAUCGGUGUUUCUGCAGAGCCGGAAAUUUACCGCCUUGAGAUGGCCCCUGCCGAAUUCUCAUUUCUGGUCCUCAUGACCGACGGUAUCAGUGGGACUCUCGACGACCAGGAAAUCGUCGACAUUGUCAAGGAGGCUCGCACACCGGAAGAGGCGUCCAAGAACGUGGUCAGCUUCGCGACUGAGGUCACUAAAGUUGGUGAUAAUGCCACCUGCCUUGUCGUCCGGUUAGGCGGUUGGGAACGCCGACUAGAAGGCGGAUUGGGGAGCAUGGGAACGAAGGAGUCUCGCGAAUGGCGUAGGCAGGAAGCUACUGAUCCGCGCAGGUCACGGACAUGA